UGGACCCGUCGGAGGGCAUGAUGAAGCAGCGGGAGACUGGCAUCUAUACCAACGACUUCCUGGAGUUUAUCGGCAGCGGACACUCCACCGUGCCCAAAGACACAUACGACCUGGUGGUCACCUCGGGCGGUAUGGGCGAAGGUCACAUCUCACACAGUGGCCUCGACGACGUUGUGCGCGUCGCAAAGAACGGAGGCUUCGUGAUCAUCGUGAUGCGCCAUGAGUUCCUACAGACCGUGCCUUCCUACAAGGACAAGCUGGAGCCUUACAUGGACCAGCUGGAGGCGGACGGGAAGUGGAAGAAGGUGGAGCGGCGCAUCGUCCCAAACUAUUUCUGUGACAAGGAGGGUCUCGUCUUCGUCUUCCGCAUCACUAAGCCUGAGUGAGGAGGAAGAGGAGGGAAGGGAAAGGAGAGAGAUGAAGAGGAGGAGUUAUAGUGGUGCUGUGCCAAGGCUGUCUCUGUGUAACAGCCUUGGCUUUCGUCGCGGCACCCGAGACUGAGGUGUGAAUUAUCGUGCUCUGGCAACCUGGCGUCAUGGCGUCUACGAUGUUAUAUGAUAGUCUACGCAUAGGGCACAUUUGUCAGUAUUAAUCAUAUUAUUGAAAUUGUCGUAAAAAUGUGUUUUAGUUAAGACUGAGGCUGCAGAAUCCUUAACCUCAGACCUUGCUAUCAUCUCCGAUUGGGAUAAAAGGAACCUUUGGGUUUUUGUGUCCUUCAAUGCCUCAAAAACCCAAUUUAUCCACCUUUCAACUCGACACAA